CAUUACAAAUUACAAUUUAUUAUAAUUUAUAACUUGUAACUUAUAAACAACUGUAGUUGUGGCCUGUUGGGGAAAAUUAAUGAUUUAGCAUAAUAUAUUAUAGUGCGCAUAAAAUUGAACCUGUAUGCCCUUCUUUUGUCUUUGUUUCUCGAACUCCUCGUUUGUGACAUUAGUAAUUUUUACGUCACAAUAGCACUACAUAUAAUCGAUGAUUGUACUUCCUAUAAAUACUCUGUACUUUGUCGUACAAUUUAUUAUUCCAUAAUAUUGAAUGUUCUGUUGUGUGACCGCACUAAUCGAUUUCAUAUUGUGUUUAUCUAAAGUAAAAAAAUUAAUAUGACGUCGAAAAUGGUUCUUGUUCAGUUAAUUUUUCUAGUAAUAUUCACUCCGCAAUUUUACAAUAAUGUGGAAUGCAUAUCGUUCUUCCAUUUUACACAGGAUCCACCACCAGUCAAAGACAUUGCAUUAAUGUCCAGAUAUAUCGUUCAUCAUUCAGAUUGGGCAACACUAUCUUACAUGGGAAACCAGUCAUUUAUGGAUGGUAUGCCAAUGGGUAGGGUGUAUUCUGUUAGUGAUGGAACAAUCAAUAAUAGUUACGGUAUUCCCUACAUUAUGGCUUCACCAAUGGACUUAUCAUUUCAAGAUGUUGUGAAAACAAAAAACUGUUCUCUUGUAUUGAGUUUGGCACAGUCUGAUUAUUGCAAUAAAAAAUCUUAUGACCCUGAAGAUCCACGAUGUGCGCAGCUUACAUUGACUGGAAAGUUUGUAAAGUUGGAUGAAACUGAUCCUGAAUGGAAUGUAGCAAAAAAAGCUUUAUGGACCAGACAUCCUGUCAUGCGUAAAUGGAACAUUCUUGUGCCAGGUCACAAAUGGCAAUUUGCAAAAGUAAAUAUUGAACAUAUUACACUUAUUGACACAUUUGGGGGUCGUAAAUAUCCAACUAUUGCAGAAUAUUUCAAAGCAACUCCAACUUUCAAAUUUUGGGCCAAAUUAAGACACUCGAUUAUUACAGUUAAAGAAAAUGUCAUUAUUGAUGAAGAAUUUUAAAAUUGUGCAAGUGCUCAUUUUUAAAUAAAUUUUAUGAAUAUCAUAUUGAAAAUUGCCAACUAUAACUUAUAGACUGAUUUGUGGUAUAAAUGCAUAUUUUUGUGUUAUAUAUUUUAAAGAAAUUUAUUUAGGUUACAUCUUUAUCAUAAACAUAAUUUUAUAUAACUGGUAGGUUAUAUAAUACUUCCUAAGAUAUAAAUAUUUAUAUUUCUUACUCAAUAAAAUAAAAUAAGCUGUAUAUUAUGAA